UUUUGGCUCAAGAUACUUUGGCUCAAGCCAUCUUGCUGGAGAUACGUUUGGUUCAACACGAGUUGUUACCAUCAUCAUGUCGACGGGACAUGUUGCAUCUGAAAGUGCUGAUGCACAAGUCCUAGGGAAAGGUGGAGGCGACGCACCUACUGAACCACGUCAAGCGACUGAGGAAGCAUCUAGGAAAGUUUCGGAAACAACGAUAUUGAUGAACGCGCCCCAUCCGGGCAAUUCGGCAACAAACGGAGAAGAACCCCGCAUGACCAUCGGAAACAGAUACGACACAGUGGAUGGACUCCGCGGGUUGGGCUGUUCGUUGGUUAUGACAUAUCAUCUCCGGUUGGGUGUAUACAGUGCUUGGGUCUGCAUCGGGUUGUUUUUUGCGCUUUCAGGGCUUCUCAUGACCUCGAUUGCUUUAAGCGCGCAAGCCAAGCAUUGCGAAUUUAGCGUUUUAGUUUUCUGGAAGCGGCGUGUGGCGAGGCUGAUCCCAGCUCUGAUGCUUGUAGUCGUGGGCAUCUCGUGCAAGACCUUGGUGGAGAGGGCCAUCACAGGAGAACCUGGACCGGUUGCAUUGUAUUACCUUCGUAAAGAUUUGUUGUGGCAAUUGCUUAUGGUCAGAAUUGGAACAUGAUUUCCCAGGCGCAGGAUUAUUUUGCAGACACCAAGAAGGCGUCGGUGGUACGGCAUGUGUGGAGCCUUUCGAUUGAGGAGCAGUACUACAUUAUGUGGCCCAUUGUUUUCCUAGCGAUUCAGCGUUUGGCUGCCUUUAAGACCGCCAGCACGGUGCGUGAGAGCAAUGUGCCUGGUCUGGGCUCGGAAAUGUGCUCGUCAAUGUUCAGACCUCAAAUGCAGCUUUUGCUCAAACUGUUAGCUUUCUUUGAAGUUGUGGCGAUUUUGUUCUCGCAAUACAUAUGCAUCUAUGUCUACCAGACUCAGGGUGGAUCUGCGGCAUAUUUCGCGAGUUGGACACGCGCGGGAGAAUUUGCCGUCGGCGGCUUGGUUGCUUGCUGCUUACACCUCUCGCCGUGGAGCUACGCACUAAUCUCGCGCUCACCAGACCGCUCUAAGAUGAGCAUGCCCCUCCGCAUCACGUUGGAAGUUGCACCCGGUGCCACUAUUGUGUCCAUCCUGGGAUGUAGCAUGAUACCUGUGCAUCAAGAUGUUCUAAUGCGGCACUACGUCUAUUGGCUCAGGCUUCCGCUGACCUUGGUGGUGGCAUUCGGUUGCGGUAUUCAGUUGUUGCAGACUAGCGAACCGCUGCCACCUUGGGCCAUUUUCACCAAACUCACGAGCAGCCGUGUGUUAGUCUACUUCGGUAUUAUAUCCUUUGGUGCAUACCUCAUACAUUGGGUUCUCAUAGUCUGGUGUGGUGAUUCAGAAAUCAACACCGCGCAUUCAAUGACGACGUGGCAAGGACGACAGGCGGGCAUGGUGGGGCGCGACGUUGCGAUAGGCUUCGCCUCAAUCGUAUUUUCCACAGCGUCAUUCUGGUUAUUUAAUCAAACCAUUGGUGCAGCGUUCGGCCAAGGCGCGGCCUGGUUUUGUCAUCGCAUCUGGCAUACUUUCGAUGGGCUGCGUUGCCAUGCUGGCGCUCUCAGCAACAAGAGGCGGCAUGGAACCAACUUCUGCGUUUGUCGACUUUUCAGGUGCUUCUAGCGACAAUGUGCGCUUUCAUGGGUCGGGGUCAACCAGUGCUGGCUUUGAUGCGCCAACGCGUCUGUUGUUUCUAGGUGAUAGCCAGUCCGAUCGCCUGGCGCGCCUUAUGCAAAUGAUUAACGGCGGUGAUCAAUAUCGUUGUCCUGCGAGUUAUGCCGAACCGUGGGGACCCAAGGUAGUCAAUCACGGAGAGCCCGGAGGGUGUGUAAUCCAGGGAUUUGGCACGGAGCGUUGUACUAUGUGCAUGAAGCCAACAACUUCCAAGAGUAAAAUCAUACACACGACGCGUGAUGUCAUUGUGAAGGAGCAGGCGCCUUAUGUUUUUGUGAUUGAUAGCAACUACUAUCGGGGGUGGGAGACCGCCCCCAAGGAUGACCCGAAGCGACAAGUAGGGCUUUGGGGGAUGGAACUUCCAUUGCAGGAAGCGUUGCAGAGAAUGAUCACCCAUAUAGCGUUGAAUGGCGCACGCCAUAUUUUUUUGUCCACGUCUUCACCGUUUCUCAGAUUCAAGAAUUUUACACAGGAGCACGUGGGCGCGACACUGCAGAGAAAUGUAUUUCAGAAGGUAGUAGGCACAAUGCGUUGUCGAAGCUCCACUCAUGCAGGGCACCGGGUAUUGGUUUCCAUUGUACAUUAUCAUAAGUUGGUUUGCCCAAACUUUGACGAGCGAGUGGCGGAGAAGGUUCGUGGCAAAUCAGAGCUCUGCAACCAGAGUGGGCCAGGCUUCGCGAAGAAGAUGGACGACUACAAUUUUCACGCGAAUUUCGGCCCAGGGGGUAAGUAUUUGGUACGCCAGCUUCAAGAGGCGUUGUAUACAGGCAUCGCCCGACAAGGCUCACGUUUUGCCAAACCGUUUGAGGGGCCUGUGAGGUACCGUCGGCAGGACGAACUUCUGAAGAGUCCAGAAGGUCUGCUCACUACGACCGAGAUUUGCGUCAAGCGGACGCAGCCUCGGGUCACCGAGAUGUUGCUGCAGCACCAGGGCGCCAAUAUUGAGUUGCCUAAUGGAGAGAAGGAUGUCUAUAUGUGUCGUGGUUUCAAGUUUGACGGAUUGGAAGAUGGCACUGGCAUCACAUCCCUCUCCGUUAUCAAAGAUAAGGAAACAUGGAACCGCAUUCACCACGUAGCCCAUUUCAGUUGUGACCCCUCAUUCAAACCACCCGAAGAUUUUCAAGAGUCCUUUCCGUGUACUCACUCGCCCUUUUGGGACGGAUGCAGCCGUAUGGUACACGUGUUCAACAAUGGAGCGGCUGAGUUCGCAUUGCCCCGCGGCUUUGCCUUCCCCUUGCCCACGAAAAACGCCAUGUUGCAAGUGCAUUACAAGAGGGGUGAGGCCAAAUUCUCCGACACUUUCCUUGACAGCACUGGUGUCCGUAUCAAUUUGGACAGAGAUCUCCAGCCUGUGCACCUCUUCGAGUUAGGCCCCAGAUCGGCCCAGAUGUUAUCAAUCCCCCCCAAGACAAGCGCGUCAUGUUGUGCAGUCAAUAUGUGCGCCGGAUUGCUUGAGUGACGCCAUGGAGGAGAAUGCAGCGACAGAGUUCAAAAUCAUUGCAGUGCAGCAACACAUGCAUGUUGCAGGCAUUGCCGUAAAAUCGGAGGUCCUUCAUGCGAAUGGCAGCUCCACGCCUUUUGGUGUGUUCCCGAGCUACAACAUGUCAGAGCAAGAUAUGAAGCUCUUGUCCAGCGAAGUCGUUGUGUCUCGCGGAGAUGCUUUGAAGGUUACUUGUGUAUACGACUCUUCCCAACGCGCACGGUGGACAUGGAAUGGGAUCAGCCUUGCUGAUGAAAUGUGUUUCAGUUACAUCCUCAUGACCCAGACGCCGCUCUACUUCAGUCGCUGCUGGCAUUUAGGAGGUGUUAACCGUGCGCAAUCAGAUGAAUGCUCCAGUGAGUGCAGCAAGCCUUUCUCGAUCCAACCUACACGGCAUUUCAAGGGCCCAGAAGCUGCAGCUGCUGAGCAUGAUGUCUUCAGUGCGACAGGUGCGUGUUUGAAGUAGGGCCGCGUGGCAUCUCUUGUGUAUGGCGUCCACCAGGUUUUGUGUCCAUCCGCGGUCGCGGUGGCUCCAGGCGUGUGCUGGGCGUUGGGCCUGCCCUCGCGGGGAGUUUUGUGUGGGCGUGGGCCCGCUGCGUGGAGGUCUGAUUUCGGGCCGAUGGGGAGGAGCUGUGGUUCCUUGGGCAGUUUUCGGCGGCGCACUUCUGCACCUCGCAGCCUCUGCAACCCCACCCAAUUUCAGGUCGCGGGCGUGGUGAAGUCAUUUGGACUUCGCGCGUGAAGCUGGGGCCGCCUAUUCCCGGCGCUGCGGGCGCGCUCUUUCGUACGCUCGGUUUUUCCGAGUGCACGGUCUUCAGUCGCAGGUGCCUCGGCUCGAUGCCAGGCACAGAUAUGCAUGGGUUGCUGCACAUUCUCAUGUUUGCCGCCCAGCGUCGGCGAGCGCGCGCGCAAGGCGGUAGGGGAAGUG